UGCCACCUGAAAAAUCCACCCAAAAUAAAUAAAUAAAUAAAACUCGAAAUAAGCGGAGAAAUCAAUUAUCAAAUAGAGCGAUAUUUCCACAUAUACGCAAGAAUCGUACGGUCAAUUUGAUUCUUUUGCUGAAAGUUAUUUGAUUUAAUUCCCUUUUGGUAAAAGGAAAGCAUCAGAACAAAUCUUGUGCGUGUUUGUUAGGUGGUGCUGGGGUUGGGUUUUUGGUUUUUUUGCAGCUCCUUUAGAUUUCAUCGUUGAACAAACCUUCUAUGCAACUGUCAAAAGGACCCUUUUCUUUGAAAUUGAGAAAACUACUGUGAGCACUCCACGUACUGGUGGAGCAUUCAUGACUUGGCAAAAUAUUUCUGCUUAUAAUUCUAGUGGAUGGACUACAAGUUCCAAGUGGUAGGAAUUCAAUCCCAACUUGAAAUGGGACCAAUAGCUGAAAAUGGAUCUGUGCGUGAGUUCAAGGAUGAGAGUGUUUUCAGCCCAGAGCCAGGGACCCAAAAGAUGCAACCUAGUCAUAUAGGUGAUUGUGGAUCUGUAUCAGGUAGCUUUCAAGCUGGUGGCAGGAAGAAGUGGAGUAGUGGUGUAUAUAAGAGCAUAAAGACUGUACUACUUUCAAAUAAACUAAAUUUGCUUAUGCCCUUUGGGCCUCUUGCAAUCAUCAUCCACCAAUUAAGUGGGCAUAAUGGAUGGGUCUUCUUUCUUAGUUUAUUGGGUAUAACACCUUUGGCUGAGCGAUUAGGUUAUGCUACAGAGCAGCUGGCUUUUUACACAGGAUCUACAGUUGGUGGUCUUCUUAAUGCCACAUUCGGAAAUGCAACAGAACUGAUUAUUGCAAUCUAUGCACUGAGAAGUAAUAUGAUACGGGUUGUUCAGUUAUCAUUACUAGGCUCCAUUUUGUCAAACAUGUUACUGGUGCUUGGUUGCGCAUUCUUCUGUGGUGGUCUUGUGUUUUAUCAAAAGGAACAGGUCUUUGACAAGUCAACUGCUAUUGUGAAUUCGGGAUUGCUGUUAAUGGCUGUAAUGGGGCUGCUUUUUCCUGCUGUCUUGCACUACACACACACUGAGGUGCAUUAUGGGAAGUCAGAGUUGGCUCUUUCAAGAUUUAGCAGUUGUGUUAUGCUUGUGGUGUAUGCUGCCUAUCUUUUUUUCCAGUUAAGGAGUCAAAAGGAUAUAUAUGUUCCUAUUCCAGAGGAAGGGAGUCAGAAUGGGGAGAGUACAGACGACAAUGACAAUGAAACUCCAGAGAUCUCCAAAUGGGAAUCAGUGAUUUGGCUUGCAAUAAUAACAGCUUGGAUCUCUAUUCUAUCAGAAUAUUUAGUUGAUGCCAUAGAGGGAGCAUCUCAUGCAUGGAAUAUACCAAUUGCAUUUAUUGGUGUUAUCUUGCUUCCAAUUGUGGGGAAUGCUGCAGAGCAUGCAAGUGCUAUUAUGUUUGCCAUGAAAGACAAGCUUGAUAUAUCACUGGGAGUGGCAAUAGGGUCAUCAACACAGAUUUCUAUGUUUGCAAUUCCUUUUUGUGUUGUUGUUGGUUGGAUGAUGGGGCAGCCUAUGGACUUGAACUUCCAACUUUUUGAAACAGCAACUCUUUUCAUAACUGUUAUAGUUGUAGCCUUCUUUCUGCAGGAAGGAACCUCUAAUUACUUUAAAGGACUAAUGCUCAUUCUUUGUUAUGUAAUUGUUGCUGCAAGUUUCUUUGUGCAUGAGGAUCCUAGGCCAACAGGAGGAUAAACAGUUGAAACCAUAUUAUUGUGGCAGCCACUUUAUCACCAAGAGUUGGUCAAUCAUGCUGGUGUGUAUAUAUAUUAUAUACUCUGAAAUAUUCAAUUUUUUUGGCUUUUGAUAGUGCGUGUUCAGUUAAUGCUAUUGAACAGGUGCCUUGCCCCUUUUUGUUCAUUUUCUUCUGGUGCCUUAUUUGAUGCUCAAUAUUCUACUCAGAUGACAAGUCCAAAUGUUCAUAUCCUAGAAAAUUUGAAGAAAAUUUUUGUAGUGUAACAAUUUGUACUAUUUUGAGCAUCUUUCCUUUUAAUUAUUGAGGCGGUGGAUUCUAAUGAUAUUGGUGUCAUCGAAACAGAUGAGAGAAUUACAGCUGACUUGUAGAGCAUCAGCUGUAUGGUGUCAUGAAGUUGUUUUUCCCUUUCUCUUACCAUCUUUUCCUCUAUCCUACCAUCAUUUUUUAGGGGAAUUUGAAAUUUAGUUUCUGAGAUAUGAUAAAAAUUACGGUUUAAUUC